UGAAAUGGCAUGGACCUCUGGACCUUCAAACGAUGGACCUCUGCAACAUGUCUAUCCACCCUCCGGUAUGCUGUGGCCGGCGUGCGGCGGUGCGGCUCCUCUGUUCAGCCCAGCAGCAGCUAGACGGCCGCCUCGCCAGGAGAAUGACUGAGAGUCGAAGCAUGUACCAGGGAGAGGAGGCGAGGCUGCGCAGCGGGAGUCUGGCUGUGGCUCGAGAGAGGAAGCACCUUGCUCUGUGCAUUAACAACCAGGAAGAAGUGAAGAGGUGUCAUCGCUACUGCAAUCACAGCGGAGGGCAAGCAAUUCCCAAGGUGGAGAGAAGUCGUCCUCGUAGGAGUGAUGAAGAGGAUGACAAUAGCCCUUGUCGUCGUGAGCAACAACAGCACCUGGAAAUCAAGGCUAUUGUGAUCCAGCGGGCCUGGCGUGCAACCACAUCCCGCAGAGGGAGCUGGCAGGGACGAGGCAAGAACCGUAGCAGUCAUCGUCGGAGUGAGACCGCGCCUUCCGAGACCCUCCGGGACCCUGUUGUGAUGACCGCGGACGUUUCUCCGGAGCAGCUGAAGAGCCUCCAGAGUGGAUUCAAGCAUGUUAAGGAUGGAGGUUUCCAGCUGCAGAGUAACCACCUGACCAUGGACCUAGACAACAACAUCAAUAUCAGCAUGCCUCCCAUUGAGACCAAGGUGUUGAUUAUCCAGCGGGCCUGGCGUGACUUCCUCCAGAGACAGGAAGCGGAGAAGAGGAGCCCCUCCCCGCCAUCCCUCUCCUCCUCUGACAAGAUGAGCAUGUCCAUCAGCAUGACGACCCUGUCAGAUGGGAGCACCCCGGAUUACCGGGAGGAUGGCAUGGACCUGGGGAGCGAUGCGUCCAGUCGCUCCAGCUCAGAGUCCAACUCCAACAAGGUCACGCCUUGCUCCCCGUCUCUUGACCUGGCCACUUUGGAGGACUACAAAUCCUCCCCCUCUCUGGACCUGGUCACCCUAGAGGACUACGAGGAGGACGAGGACUACCAAGAGUAUAAGAAGAAGGUGAUAGAGGAGUGGGAGAGCGAGUACGGGGAGGACUACACCUCUCCACAGCCUCCUGGUCAGGAGGAAGGUGGAGGAGGAGGCGUCGUGGGGGCCGACGGCCUCGGCGAAGGCUUCGGGAAGACAGUGAACAGUCGCAGCCUCGCCGAAGAAUUCCAGGAUGUGAAGACCGUCCCGCCCCUCCCGGCCCCUGGCGGACACACCGCCACGUCAGUCGCGGCCGUCCCCGAGGAACUGAAACAGAACGGCAAUCUGAUUUUGCCCAGGAGCCACCAGCCCCAGUCCCCCGGUACACCGCAGGGGGGCACGGGGACUCCCAAGCCCCGCCAUCGCAACUCCAGUCAAAGCAGGGGGAGCCGCAGCACUGGCGGGGCUGGUGGUGGUGGUGGUGGCUGUGGUGGAGGAGGAGGGACUGGGGGACGUAUGGGGGGAUACAAAGAGGAGGGAAGUGUAGAGGAGGAGCCUCUGCCCACCAUGGACUGGGCAGCCCUGGAGAGACACCUGGCUGGGCUGCAGUGCAGAGAGCUGGAGAACCAGAACCUCAACCUCAACCAGAACCACAACAUGGGCAAGACCGCCUACACCUCGGCCCAAAAGAAUGAGAGGGAGUCUAUCAGGCAGAAGUUGGCCCUGGGCAGUUUCUUUGACGAUGGGCCGGGCAUCUACACCAGCUGCAGCAAGAGUGGCAAACCCAGCCUGUCCUCACGGCUGCAGAGUGGGAUGAACCUACAGAUCUGUUUUGUCAAUGACAGCGGCAGCGACAAGGACAGCGAUGCAGACGACAGCAAGACAGAGACCAGUCUGGACACACCUCUGUCCCCCAUGUCCAAGCAGAGUUCGUCCUACUCGGACAGGGACACCACGGAGGACGACUCCGAGUCUCUGGAGGACAUGGACUUCGUGAGUCGACAGAAGAAGCUGCAGGCGGAGGCAAAGCUGGCCCUGGCUAUGGCUAAACCCAUGGCCAAGAUGCAGGUGGAGGUGGAGAAACAGAAUCGCAAGAAGUCACCAGUGGCCGAUCUGCUUCCACACAUGCCUCACAUCAGCGAGUGUCUAAUGAAAAGAAGCCUGAAGCCCACUGACUUGAGAGAUAUGACGCUGGGGCAACUCCAGGUUAUAGUAAAUGACCUGCACUCCCAGAUUGAGAGUCUGAAUGAGGAGCUUGUACAGUUGCUGCUGAUUCGGGAUGAACUACACAUGGAGCAAGAUGCCAUGCUGGUUGACAUAGAGGACCUCACCAGGCAUGCUGAGAGCCAGCAGAAACAUUUGGCCGAGAGGACCCUAUCCAAAUAAGAUGCCCGUCCCUGCUCCACCCCGCUCCCCCCUGCCAAGCUAAGCUCCCGCUCCAAACCAGACUUUUCCCCCUCUGGCCAUUCCACCUCUGCCCCGUGUCGAUCCAAAUCCUGCCCGCUUGUCCCAAGUAUUUUGCUCCUCGCUGCUUCCCCGUCUCCCCACGUCUAUACCUUCCUGUCCAACCCACUGGCUCCAGUGGUAGCAGCAGCACAGAAGAAGGCCACCCUCUUUCAUUUGCUUCUGUGGUUUUCUCCCAGCGCUAAGGACGGAGGAGCACUUCCUGCUUCCUGGGAGAAGAGGAAUCUGAUUGUGUGUUGUCAUGGAUUCUGUCCCCAGCUUCCUGUGCAGUGAUCGGCCUUGCUUUGCUAUUGUUUCUUUUUAACUUUCUACAUUCGCCACUAAAUUAUAACUGUUCAAAUGCAAAAAUUGUGGGAAAAAAAAUAAAAUAAUAGUGAAAAAAUUAGUAGAAAGUCAGUCAUGAGAAAAAAAGAAACAACAUUGUAUAAAAAAAAAAACAGAUGGAAACUAACUUCUUCAGACCAUUUUAAGUUGGACAGUAAUUUUAAAGUAUUUCAAAGUCGACCUGUUUUUAUUCUGCACAAAUGGUAGUUUUCAACUGAGAAAUGUUUAUUUGAAGGUGCUAAAAGAGUGUAAAGGAAACAUGCCUGCCUUGUAGUGGAGUCGUAGCUUUUGGUAAUACGUUCACUCUAAUUGCUCUUCAACAUUUUGUGAAUGUUGAUUUUCUGACACGAGUCAUUUUAAAUGAAUAAGUGUGUUAAUAUCGUUUUCAUCCUACUGUAAUCAGAAACUUUAUUUGAGGGAAGAAAUGUUUAUGUACAGAUAUGUAAAAUAAAGAAUAAACUUUGUUUCAUAUA